AUGGAAUGUAGUGAGCGAUCGGGCCAAGGCCCGCCAGGCUCGUGCUGCAAGCUCUACGCCAGCGGUGGUGUCGAUACGUCCCGCUCUCGGUACAAGGUCGACUACUUUUCGCGGCAAGCCGGCCAAGCGACAUUCAGUAUCGCAUGCAAGAGGCUGGCGAGUGGUGUACAACCAGUCGGCAUCAAGUGGGUCAACGUUGUGGGGAGUCACGACAUUGGCGGCUCGGACUUUAUUUGCGGCGAGCGAGACAAUGCGUAUCGCGAGUGCAAGGACACGGCCGAGAUGCUCUAG